ACUAUUAUUACCACCACUACCACUACCAUCAUCAUCACUACUACUACUACUACCUCUACUGCUACUACUACCACCUGCAACAACUGCACCCCUGGCUGCUGUUGAUGUGCCUUAAGAAAAGCUAGGAAACUUUAAAAAAAAAAAAGAAGUGGGGGAGGGAAAGAAAGAUAGAGGAAGCUAUUAAAAAAAAUCAAAACUCGUCCGGUUUUUUGUUAACGGGCGACAAUGAUAAAUUAUCGUUAUCACGACGACCACCAUAGCUUGUCUUCCAGGUUCUCGUCAGGAGAUUUGAGCUCGGAGCUCGACGAUGAACCGAAUACGGAAUCCGGGCUGGCCUCCGUGGCGCGGCAGGACUCGUCCUUGCCGUAUCAGGCGGUCCCAGAUAGGCCACUUCAAUCUCAACCAGCACCAAUACCACCAACUAAUCAACCACCGAUACCGGGUGCACCGCCAACUGGACCCCCACCUCAACCAAUUGGCGGUGAUCUCAGCUUAAACUUAAGACCGGGAUCUAGGACCACCAGUGCACCUUCAUCGCCAGCCAAAAGCCGUGAAAGUCUAUUGCAAAGAGUUCAAAGUCUUACAGGAGCUGCCAGAGAUCAGGGAGCAUCCAUUUUGGGAGCAGCAGUUUCAGGCGCCACUAGGGGACCCUCCUACAGCAAGGAUCGAUGCUUCACUCUCUUGGUGAUAGAUGAUCAGAAUACCGAUUGGAGUAAAUAUUUUCGAGGUAGAAGACUUCAUGGGGAUUAUGAGAUUCGAGUUGAACAAGCGGAAUUUCGAGAAUUGUCUUUGACAGCAAAUGAAAUUGGUACCACAGUUUCCAUGGCAGUUUAUCGCAACGGAACUAAAGUCAUCAGAUCUUUCAAGCCGGAUUUCGUGCUGGUUCGUCAAAAUUUGCGUGACGCUGGCGAGGACAACAAAAAUCUUCUUCUUGGUUUGAUGUACGGCGGCAUACCAAGUGUUAACAAUCUUACGGCUAUUUACAACUUUCAGGACAAGCCAUGGGUAUUCGCACAUUUAUUGGGUCUUCAACGCCGUUUGGGCAAAGAAAAUUUUCCUCUGAUCGAACAAACCUUUUACCCUAAUCAUCGUGAAAUGGUAAGCGCACCACGAUUCCCCGUAGUUGUGAAAUUAGGGCACGCUCAUGGAGGUAUUGGGAAGGCACGAGCUGAAACAAAUCAAGAUUUCUUGGAUCUCGCAUCUUUGGCAGCAUUGGCGAAUACUUAUAUCACCGCUGAACCAUACGUUGACACCAAAUUUGACGUACACGUGCAGAAAAUAGGAAACAAUUACAAGGCCUUCCUACGAAAAAGUAUAACUGGUAAUUGGAAAUCAAACACCGGUUCAGCCAUGUUGGAACAAGUACCAGUUAGCGAAAGACAUCGUGUUUGGAUUGACAACGUAUGCCAACUAUUUGGUGGUUUGGAUAUUUGCGCUAUCGAACUUCUCGUUGGUAAAGAUGGCCGAGAACACAUAAUUGAAGUUAAUGAUAGCGCAUUAUCAUUGAUGGGAGAUUCUCAGGAAGAAGAUCGUCGUCAUAUAGCCGAUUUGGUUACAGCUAAGAUGCAAGCCUGUUGCCGACCACCCAGCGUUUUAACGAAAACAGCCUCGAGGGGUUCCAUGUCCGGUUCUAGCCAAGCUACGAGUCCUGUUGAAGAAUCACGUAGUGCACCACCGCCAAUAGCACCACCACCUGCACCUUUAGGAUCUCAUGGAAGUAUGACCUCGAUGGCAAGCAUAGGUAGUUUAGGUUCUACCACGGCCUUAGCAGGUGACGUUACUACUUCGGAUACUCAUCAUCAACUUCAACGUCGUGAUUCUCAAGCAUCCCAAUCUAGCACGGUCAGCAGUGCACCAUCGGUCGGUAGAAGAACAGAUGAACCACCUACAAUACCAUCAAGAGUACCUUUUCAUCGUCAAGGUAGUCAAUCACAGACACAAGGUGAAGAUUCCGAAGACACCAUGAAAAAUCUUCGUAAAACGUUCGCUGGUAUAUUCGGUGACAUGUAAUUCCUUUAAAAAUCAGCUGAUUUAAUCACAAGAUAUAUAAAAAUUAUCUAAUCUGAUUUUUAGAAAUCAAGUGAAGACAAAAAAGUUAAUGUAAUAAUAACGUGUAAUUGAUCCUUAUCAAGUCUGACAAAUAUAAUAACGUCUUGUUUUAAGGGAUUUUUAUUUAAACGGUUUAAAAGAAAGUAAAAAAUAGAAAGCAAAAAAAAAACAAAAAAGUUAAACGACUCUCAAGGAUUUCCAAAAAAAAAAAAAAAGUAUUUCCUACCCGUAGCCUCGCAUCGAUGUGUAAAUAUCUAUAUAUUUGCAGAUAUUUGUUCAUUUUUAUCUAUGUAAACAAUUAUUCAAACGCGAUUACUAGAUAAGAAGGUUUUUUCGAUCUUUGAA